AUGUACUCUGCGUUUGGCCCUUGGCUCGAGUCGCACUGGGCCAACGGCUAUUCAGACAAAGAGGAGGGUUGGCGAUUGCAGGACGAUUGGGAGCUUGUGGAUAGAUACUGCAAGCCGGGCAACCUGGCAAGGUGUUUGUGCUUUGCUGGUUGGAAGUGCCUUGUCAGGAUGAAACGUGAUUACGACCAUCUAUUCAAGCUGGUGGCUCACCUGCAAAAAGACUUCAGCAGAGGCAUGCAAAACUUGGAAGGAUUCUUGCCGACCAUGGCCUCAGUGGGUGUGCUCAUUGGUGAUUCAGGCGCCGGCAAAUCCUGCCUCCUGCUGCGCUUUGCAGACGAUGCCUUCACAGAUAGCUACAUCACAACCAUUGGUGUCGACUUCAGAUUCAAGACUAUUCCUGUAGAUAAGAAGACGAUCAAACUGCAGAUUUGGGACACAGCAGGCCAGGAGAGAUUCCGGACAAUCACCAGCGCGUACUAUCGCGGCGCUGACGGAAUCAUCCUUGUUUACGACAUCUGUGACCGGGAAUCAUUCAAUCAUGUCGAUGAGUGGUUGAAUGAAGUAAACCGUUAUGUGAACGAGAACACCUGCAAGAUCCUCAUUGGCAACAAGUGCGACAUGACUGCCGAGAGGCAGGUGUCCACCGAGGAGGCGAAGAAAAAAGCAGAAGAUCUGGGCAUUGCGUUCAUUGAAUGCUCCGCCAAAGAUGCGACAAAUGUGGAGGCCGCUUUCCAAAUGAUGUCUACAGAACUGAUAGCGAAGAGCGAGAAGCAAGGGACACGGCCACAACGGCCGGCAGGCGGUACAGGCCUGCUCCAGCCGAAAGAGCGAGGCACCGGCACGUGUGGUGGUUGUGGACAGGGCUAG